CUCACGUUGAUGUUACCAAUGGUAUCGCUUUUUAGCGUUUGGUUAAUUAAAAAAAAAAAGAACAGUAUUGGAAUAAAAAGGGAGAGAAAAUAAGGGCAGAAAUACUCCCUCUCCCCCCAACACACGCGCACACACACGCAUACGCGCGCACACACACGCACAUACACACGCACUCUUUCGGAGGCUCGCGCCCUCUUAGAAUAGCAGGUUCCUGCAUGUGCCAAGAAUCCGGUCCCGGAGAAAUGAGGCGCUUUUCACCACCAGGGCGUUCCCAGCUGGUGACUGCUGGCUGCCUGGAGCCUGCAAACACCUGGCGUAGUUAUUGGGGGGCCACGGAGACUUCUGCCACGCACUGGUAGGUUCUGGAGCUGGAGGCAGAGCGCUCAGAAGGGUUUCCUGUGUGUCAGCAACUUCACUUUGCCGAGAUACCGGCGGAAGAGCGAAGGAGCGCGCGCCGGCCAAUCGCCUGCCAGCAGCGACCGCUGACUGAGCGCACCCCUCGCCCUCGUCGCCGACUCCGGCAGCCGCAGCCCGGCAGAGGCCGAGCGCACCGCGCCGCGGAGAAUCCCCGCUCUCCAGGGGACGCCUCCGGGUCCCCACGGUGUUCCGGCGGGUGCGGGCUGGGUCUCGGCCGAGGCACGCCCUUCACUUCCCGGCGGAGCGCGGACUAGCCCGGCUGCCCAAACUCCGCCCACCCUCGUGGGGGGCCCCGCUCUCCCGCCUGCCCCCUGUCUCAGGACGGAUCCCGGCUUCGGCAGAGCCCAGAGCUGAGCGGACGACCACAAGUAGGCGACUGGGAAGCGCACGGGUCUGCGGCCGCGCGCGCUCGGAUGGCCCCCGGCGCUGAGCGCAGGGCGGGCUGAGGAAGCGGAGGGCGCCCAGACACCGAGCCGCCGGUUUCUAAGCUCACCCCGCGGAGCCGCCGCCUAAGUCGGGGAGGAGAGAAUGACCGAGGUGCUGUGGCCGGCCGUCCCCAACGGGACGGACGCCGCCUUCGUGGCCAGCCCGGGUUCGUCUUGGGGGAACGGCACGGUCGCCCCCAGCGCCGCCGUCGCUGCCUCGUUCCGAUGCGCCUUGACCAAGACGGGCUUCCAGUUCUACUACCUGCCCACCGUCUACAUCCUGGUGUUCAUCACCGGCUUCCUGGGCAACAGCGUGGCCAUCUGGAUGUUCCUCUUCCACAUGAAGCCCUGGAGCGGCAUCUCCGUGUACAUGUUCAACCUGGCCCUGGCCGACUUCCUGUACGUGCUGACCCUGCCGGCCCUCAUCUUCUACUACUUCAACAAGACCGACUGGAUCUUCGGCGACGCCAUGUGCAAACUGCAGCGCUUCAUCUUCCACGUGAACCUCUACGGCAGCAUCUUGUUCCUGACGUGCAUCAGCGCGCACCGCUACAGCGGCGUCGUCUACCCGCUCAAGUCCCUGGGCAGGCUGCAGAAGAAGAACGCCGUCUACAUCAGCGUGCUCGUGUGGCUCGUGGUGGUGGCGGCCAUCUCCCCCAUCCUCUUCUACUCGGGUACCGGGGUCCGCAAGAAUAAAACCGUCACCUGCUACGACACCACCUCGGACGAAUACCUGCGAAGUUACUUCAUCUACAGCCUGUGCACCACGGUGGCCAUGUUCUGUGUCCCCUUGGUGCUGAUUCUGGGCUGUUACGGAUUAAUUGUGAGAGCUUUGAUUUACAAAGACCUGGACAACUCUCCUCUGAGGAGAAAAUCGAUUUACCUGGUCAUCAUUGUACUGACUGUCUUUGCUGUGUCUUACAUCCCUUUCCAUGUGAUGAAAACCAUGAACUUGAGGGCCCGGCUGGAUUUUCAGACCCCAGCCAUGUGUGCUUUCAAUGACAGGGUUUAUGCCACUUACCAGGUGACAAGAGGUCUGGCAAGUCUCAACAGCUGUGUGGACCCCAUUCUCUAUUUCUUGGCGGGAGAUACCUUCAGAAGGAGACUCUCACGAGCGACCAGGAAAGCUUCCAGAAGGAGUGAGGCUAAUUUGCAAUCCAAAAGUGAAGACAUGACCCUCAACAUUUUGUCUGAAUUCAAGCAGAAUGGAGAUACAAGCUUGUGAAGAGGCACAGGGAUCCCCAAACCUUCCUUUUGUAACGUGGUAGGAAGCUUAAAGAAAGCCAAGCACUUCUUUCCCGCCCCCUGUCCCUUUAAGUUUCUAGUAAGUUUAGAGAAAAAUCAAACGAAGACAAUAGUGAGUUAAAAAAAAAAAAAAAACAGAAGUAGAGAUACCUACAUCCACAUUUAGCCUGUUUGGGUUUGCUUUCAAAGCUUCUUUUCUUUCUGACUGUAAGUAUGUGUAGUAAAACAAUACUACUUAGUUAAAUAUUUACUUUCUCUUCUGCCUUUAAAAUGACAAGCUUUUCUCUUUAAAGGGUGUGUGCGUGUAAGUACUGAGGCUAUUUUGAUAUUAGUAAUGUCUUUACGAAAACUAGCCACCUGAAAUCUGAGUUUCUGAUUUGUCUAACCUUUCUUUUUAAUAAUUCGUGGUAGGAAGAAAUCAAAAAUCCACAUCCUCAAAAAUACUUAGCGUAGAAUAGCAGAACACUAAACAACAGUUCAUUCAAUAUCAGAGGAACGGAUCUCGGAGUGAUGGCUUUUGGUGAUAAUUGAUGGAGUGUCUUCAGAGAAUUUGAUAGAAAAGUCAAGUCAAUGAAUUUUAAAGCCUGAGAAAAGAUUGUUUUCCAGUUAUUUCUGGCAAACUGCUCAUUAUACAUUGGGUGCUAAUGUUUGAUGGUAGAAGCCUGCAAAUUCUCUCUUGCUGGUAAAAUGCAUUCCAAAUCAUUACAGUACAUGGAUUUUCCUUGUAAACACCGUGGACUUCCUUAGACUUCCUGUGAUGAAGAGUAUUUACUUGCGCCACUGCUGUGCAAUGCCUUUAGGACUGUCAUUGUGUUCCAGGACAAAGUACUCAUUCACAUCUGUAAAAACAAUUUAAAAAUCACAGAUAGAUUGCAGACCAAAACUGGAGCAAAGUUGAACAGCUGUUAGCAAGUUGAAGGAUGUUGAGCAGGACAGUAUUUCAGAAAAGGAGGGGUGGACAGUCAACCUCACCACACAUGAACUACAAGUAUAUUCUCAAAUGGAUGUGGCAACUGGGGGUGGGCAGAAGACAUUUUAGAAAAAGGACUUUAGUUUAAAUGAAAAGCCUGGUGGAGAAGGUCCCUUACUGCUUCUUCAAAAUGUUUCUAAACAUUAAAGCAAUAUGAAAAGAAGUAGUCAGAGUUUAUAUAGAUUGCAUUGACAGACUAGGAAGCUCUAAUGUUUUAAUGAAUCAUACAUCUUAGUAUUUAAAGAAAAAAAUUUGCAAAGAAAAAUAUGGAGAAUUAUAUUCAGGCACCUAAGGUACUACAACCCUGAAAAGUCAGCUAUAGAAGAGAAGACGUCUAGAGUGUGUUCUUUUGUAUUUGUUCUCUCCCAUUGGUGAAAAACUUGGAAAAUGCUUUAACAACUUUAAUAAUCAUUUUCAGCGAAUAUUGAAUUGCUGCAGUUCUAGCACCUCAGAUGGUCACAUUCUAUAUGAUGAGAAUAAUGAGAUUAGGUAACGCAAUUAAUAACCUCAAACAGUUAAGUCUGGUGUCAAAGGAUUUUUCAUUUUGAAAGCAAGCCCCAUAAAAAUAUCAUCAGAGUUUGCAACUGAUGGUGGAAUAACUUGUUUGCAAUCACUUUAGCAAAGUAAUAGGGUAUUGUAUGUUCAGGGAAGAAAGAACCCUGCAGAACUUAAUGAUAGGAAAUUCAGAGCUUGAUUUCGGUUAUUGUAAUGCAUGUCUAGACUGACGAUUUGUGAGCACUUCAGAGGUGCUUCAGUUUACCAAUCUCUACCCACUGAGCUCCAUGGAGAAAGUCUGCGUUUAGCCUCUGAAACAGUGCUCUUUACAUGUUCUGUCUUAAUGCACAGGAUUCUAGAAACCAAAUUAAGAAUUAAUUUACCAUAUCUCUUCAUUUAAAGGCGAGGGUUUAAAAAGUUCUCAUUUAGUCAGGCUCACAAUACUGUCUGUUUUAAAAUCAUAAAAUACAAAAUCUGAAAUAUGCCAUUUUUGUAAUGAGCCUGUCAAUCAUAAUCAGUGUGAGAAGAUCAAUAUCAUUAAACUAAACAAGAUGGAAAUUACAGAGCCUGUACCAUAAUCGAACUAAUAGGCUAAAGGAACACAUUUCUGUAUUUCUUCACCAUUUACUUUAGUUUGUUUUUUUCUUUUAGGUAUCAGAAUGCCCAGCCUGAUUUAGAAUAUGUAUUAAAUACAUUGUUUCAGCAUCUAUAGAACUUUCUUGGGGAGUAUGGAUCCACUGAGAAGGUGCACAGUGAUUAGGAAGGGCCUUUUUUUUUUUUUUUUUACUACUUGGCAUGUGUUUUCCAAAGUGGUUCCUCUUUAGCUUCAGAUAUCGCAUCGUGGACAUUAAUGACGUGAAUGCAUGCCAAGUAGUAACAAGAAUGAUCUUGCCACUUUCUUCUAGGCCAAAAGAAGUCUCUGGGAAGAUCUAUGCUAAUGGGGGAAAGAGGGUCAGAAUGAAGCGGUGAUCUAUUGGCUGAAAAGCUAAUUCAUGUCAUAUGGUAAUAGAAGUAUUUGAAUAAUAAAGGCAGAAAUCUGUGGUGUUUAGAUACCAGCAUAGCUAAAAUCAUAGAACCUAUUAACUUAAUUUCACACUGCAAAAAUAUUUUAAUACCAAGUUCAGGGUGUUGCUUCCAAAUUGGCUUAAUUCUUUGAGUACCCUGUUGGCUUAUGCUGAAAUAAUAAAAGACGAACUAAGAAAAAAUACAGCAUGCAAGUCAGGAUGCAGAGUUAAAAUUCUGAUGUUGCCACUGAGCCAGCUGUGGGACUCUCAGCCCUUUCAGGACCACUCAUCAUAGUUUAGAAAGGUUGGAUGACAUCCACUUCUUGUGGCUUAGGGGAUAUGAUGCCACGUGAAAACUAGACAUAAGGAGUGUGUAAAAUCUGCUACUGUGUUUUCCAGGACUCUUCAAUCCAGUCCUUGGCUAAAAAUUUCUACGAAGUUCACUGAUUGUGAUGUUGAGCUGUAAAUCAUCUGAAUGUAUUCAGACAGGACACUAAACUGUCUUUGAAUACUGUAGAUGUUAAUGCUUACUUACUGCAGCCGGAAUUCCAUGAGUGAUAGUGCUUCAAGAUGUGAUACUAGUUAGGGCCUAUUGAAGCUUCUUUAACUUUGCUGGUCAAAUUAUAACUGUCAUAAUUGUAUUUAUUGAUGAAGUGUACAGUCCUUUAGUCGUACAGAUUAAAAAACUUGCUUGAAAGAUCCAAGAAACUGAUGUAAAUUCUAUUUAUUACAGUGUAUAAAUUAAUGUUUUAAACUGGUGUAUUUUGCAUAAUAUAUGAUGCAUAGAUAAAAUCAGAGUUGUAUAUUACUAUGCUUUUCACAUAUCAGUAUCUUGAAAUAUUUAAAUCUUCAGAUAUUUUUGGUUUAAGACCUGAAAAUGUUUUGUGAUAUGAGUGAUUCGUUUUCCCAAGAAAUACUUUUGCAUGUUUACCUUUUUACGUAGGGUUUUUUUCUGUAUAGACCCAAUUUAGUGUCAGACUAUCAUAAGAUUAUAGUGACUAUAAAAUGUCUUUAGUGAUAUGGGGUCUUUAUUGCCCACAUUUUAUAAAUAUUAUAGAAAGGUCUGUAUGUCUUUUCAGGAAGUUGAGAAUUUUGCCCCUAAAUGCAAAGCUUCCGUUAUUAAAUGCAAAAGCCUUGUCUUUCAUUCAGAGUUGAUCUCUCAUUUUUAGACCUGCAGUGGGAUGGGCAUUAAAGAUUCAGCAGUAGAAUUGAAGUAAAAACUUCAGGGAGAUGAGGAGAGGAAAAGGCAGCUGGUACAAUCAGUUACUGCUACUCAGUUUUACUUACAUUUUUGCAUUGUGUUGCUUCUUGAGGCGAAAUAGUAUAAUCUUAAUUUUUUUUAAGGUUCAGUCUUUUAGUAACACACUACCAGCAAGUUUAACACUGCUAUUGAUUUCGAUCUGUUUUCUUCGUUCAAUUGCUAACUUUAAUUACAAGUUUUGUAGUGAUAACUGUUGUUUCUUUUGGCUGCUGAAUUCUGUUACAGUUUUUUGUUCUGUUGUACAUUGUAUUAUAGAUAUCAUCACAAAUUAAUAUGAAGGUGAAUGUACGUUACAUAUCAAAAUUUGUGAAUUUGAAUUAUACUAUGUCUUAGUGCUUUUGCAAAAAAAAAAGUUUAUUUUUAUAUUAUCUGUAAUUUUAAUAGAGAUAAUUGAACUAGAUUUUGUGAGUGAUCGUGCCAUUGAAUGAGUGGUAUGGAAACAGUGUUACUUGACAUUUUGAGCUUUCUCAGGUCUAUCUAAAUCAGUGGUAGAAGAACAAAUGUAGAUUCAUUGUGCAAAUUGUGUUUUAAUAAAAAGAAAGUACAUUUCUGGUACUAGCAUAGUGUUGUUGCUCGCGAGAGUAUGCAGAAUAUUGUAUGUUUGUGUGUGAGAGUGUGUGUGUGUGUCUGUGACUAAGGCAUGGCAGCUGACUUUGUAUCUGCUAUUUAUAGUGCCAGCAGAACUUGAUAAUUGUGGUCACUAUAAUUGUACUUACCAUUGACAAUUAAAACCGAAAGUCAAUAAAACUAUGAAACAUG